UGAAAAUAGGCACAAAUGCGAAGUACCAACUAUGCAACUACGACUAUUACGUGCUAUUACGUUGGUAUCAAUGGAUUUGAAAAAGUACAGUUUGAGUUCAGUGCUUUUAUGGAACGAGAUAUUAACCUGGGGCUACAGAAGAGAAUUUAACCAAAAUGAUAAAGGAUUUUGUUAUUCCUGUAAAUAAGGAUGAACUGUUGCAAAGAAGAAAGAGUGGACAAUUUUCUGUUGAAAAACUCGUUCCUGUACGGAUGCUUUCACACGCCAUCGAUGAAGCAAGAAAAUCACUCCAAGCAAAUGGAAUUAAUUUUAUCCUGAAACACUUUGAUACAUUUUUCUCUAUACUUUUACAUGGAAAUAAAAUUGAGUUAGCAAUCGUUAUGCAAGGUUUCUCUAGAAUUCAUAAAGCUAUCACAGUGCUGGUUCACGAUUUGGAAGGCGUACUCGAAAGAGGAAACAAGCUAGAAAACGACGAAUCCAUACGAUUUUUCAACAUUACUAAAAUGCUAGUAUAUUUAUUUUCUGAACUUAUUUGCCAUAUACAUGCUGAAAUUGUUAAAAGCUCGAGCAGUAAAUAUGUUGACAAGUCAAAAAAAAAUACAAAAUCAGAUAUAGAAGAAGAGUGGGAUACUACCAAGGAGAAUGCAUUGGAAUACAGUUAUAGAUUGCUCCAAUUACCAUUGCAAAAACUCUGGCGUCCUCCCAUUGUCGAGAAUGCGUUUAUUAUGUUGCUCACUAAAAUGUGCUAUAAGAUAUUAGAACAUUGUAGGGAUUCAAAAGAUAAAUACGUACGGCAGACUAUUUUCGAGGUAAAAUUUAUUUAAUUUUUUCGUUAUAUUAUUUUUAUAUUCAAUAUUUUCAUUUUCUUUUCAAAAAAAAUUUUAGGAAUUUCGAUUAAAAAAUACAAUCAUGGCAUGGACUGCGUGAUAAGAAUUAUCCAGUUGUUGAAGUUACACAAUACGUUAGCAACGCAUAUAGCAAACGGUGUUACAUGCGGUUGUAACGGUUUAAUGAAGGAAGUAAUAAAAGAAAUAGAUCAAAGCGAACCAUCUGAAAGCAAGAGUCGUUGUAUAUCGAUAUUUCUUGAAACUAUUGCUAAUACUAAACCAAAUCUUAUAAUUCCUAUUCUCGUCAACGUGAUGGAUUAUUUGGCUAGCGAACAUUAUACAUUGAGAAAUUGCGCGAUUAGCGUUAUAGGAAUAAUCGUGCAAAAAGCGUUAACCGGAGACGAUCUUACGCAAAAACAAAAAGAUCAACGCGAUGAAUGUCUGAAUAGUUUAUUGGAACAUAUUUUAGACGUUAAUGCAUACGUUAGAUCUAAAGUCUUACAGGUUUGGCAAACUUUAUGUUGUGUAGGAGCUAUUCCUUUAGCAAGGCAAGGAAAACUUUUAGCUGCCGCAGCAUUACGUUUAAAUGAUAAAAGUGCCAUCGUACGUAAAUACGCGUUACAAUUACUACGUGUUUUACUUCAAGCCAAUCCUUUCGCUGCUAAGUUGAACAAAGAAGAAAUUUCCAAGUCGUUAGAAAAGGAAGAAAUAAAGCUGAGAAACAUGCAGACUAAAAUGGUUAGCAAAAGUGCUCGUGGUGACAGUCAAAGAUUAGAACUGUGGAACACUUUGCUUCCGGAAAUAAGAAAAGCAUUAAAAAAAUUUUGUAAUGAUACAGAGAAAAAAAGUAAAAAACGAGACAAAGGUGAUGAAAGUGAAGAAGAGGAAGAAAAUAUCGAUGACGAAGAAAAGUUCAAUCCUGAUACAGCAUUUGAAAACAUUAGACAAUUAAUAUUAAAAGGAAACAUUUUUGUAGCGGUGACAUAUUUGUGGAAGGCUUGUAUGAAAUUGAAGCAAAAUCCAAAUAUGAACAAAUUGUCUUCCGAAGCAAAAGAGGAAUUUUUAUUUUUACUUUUAUUGAAAACGUUUGUGGAAUCGGAGAAUAAUGAAAAUAAUCCGCAAGUAAAUGCAAAUACAGCACAGUUAUCGGACAAAGAUAAAGGAGAACAGGAAGUAGAAUCGCGGAAACGACUUGUAGAGUAUUUGAGAAACUGUUUGGUAUUUGCAAACGAAUUGGAAAUCGCUAUACCGAUGGCAGAAAACUUGCUUUUUUCUACAACACCAAGCGAUGCCAUUGAAGCGUGUACUUUACUUGGUAGAGCAUACCAGUUUGAUGUAGCUGGGGCUGAAAUCGCUAUAUGCUAUGCUUUGUCUCAAGUAUUUCAUCAGGAUCUUUCAGUACGCAAUAACGUAGCUGUAGUAUACAAAGACAUUUACUUGAGUACUAAUGAAAAAGUAUCAGACAGACAGAAAGCCCUUUUGCGUGUUAAAGCUUUGAUCGAAUUAUUCAAAGGACUUAAGCCUGGUCAAAGUCAAGCUUUGAAUAAACUUCUUUUAACGUGGUAUGGUAAUAAUGAACUAGGCAGCGAAGAAUUACAGGUUUUAUGGGAAAAAUUUUCAAUGAAAUCAUCGGAUACAGAUCCAUUGGAAGCUUUGAUGCUGAUAACGAUGAUAGUUCAAGCUGAAGAUGGUAUUUUAACUGAAAAUUUGGAUGUAUUAAUAAAAGUGGGCUUGGGGCCACGAGCAAAAACUGAUUUUCUUCUAGCCAGAGAUACAUGCAGAGCGUUGAUGAAGAUAAAAAGAAAAGGUGACGACGCUGAAAAGUCACCUAUUAGGUAUCCCAAUGAUCACGAAAUGUUUAAAGAAAUAGUUACGUUACUAAUAGAAAAUUUUACUAACACAAAAGAAGAUGGAUACGUGUCGUUCGCAACAGACGCUAUUAACGCUAUUUAUCAUUUAGCAAAUCAGCCUGCUCAUUUAAUGAAGCACGUAGUAUUAGAAGUGUGUAACCGAGGAAAAUUCAAUAAUAACGAUAAGACGCUACACAUUCCAUCUUACUGGCUAUCUAAAUUUCUAUACUUAAUCGGACACAUUGCAAUUAGAGAAAUGGUACAUUUGGACACAUCACUCUACACGGAAUUGAAGCGAAGAGACACGAUACGAAAAUCAAGAAACACAAAGAAAUCAAAUACAAAUAAAAGAAAUUCUCGUAAAUCCAGUAUCGUGAACAAAUCGUUCACUACCCGAAAUAGUGCGAUGCAGAUGAUUCGUAAUAAAGAGGCGAGCAUAGUGGAAGAUAACGGAGAGGAAGCUGUGGAAGGAGCAGCAGACGAUGAGGAAGCAGUAUUGAUAAACAAUAUUCUUGAAAAUCAUAUUGUAACUGGAGAUGGACUUCUAACAAAAUUUGUUCCACUAGUGUUACAUGUAUGUCAAAAUCCCAAUAAGUAUAACGACGAAGAUAUGCAACAAGCUGGUACUCUUGCUCUCAGUAAAAUGAUGACAGUCAGCUCAAUAUUUUGCAAAGAAAACUUGCAGCUUUUAAUUACGAUACUGGAACGUUCGCCGUACCCUAGAAUCCGAGCAAACGUUCUUAUCGGAAUAAUGGAUCUUGCAUCGAAAUUUCCAAAUGAAAUUGAACCAUGGAUGAAACACAUUUAUGGCAGACUACGGGAUGAAGAUACGAACGUACGAAGUACCUGUGUUCGUGUUUUAUCGAGUCUUAUAAUGAGAGACAUGGUGCGUAUCAGAGGCCAGAUAUCGGAAUUAGCUCUCUGCAUAGUCGACGAAGACUUUGAAAUUCGUCAAAGUGCAAAACAAUUUUUCGAAGGAUUUUCGCAGAAAACCAAUGCCUUGUACAAUAUAAUGCCCGACAUAUUGUCUCGAUUAACCGAUCCUAAUUUAGAGAUAAGCGAAUCGGAUUUCCAAGAGGUUCUAAAGCACAUCUUAGGUUUAUUGCAAAAGGAAAAACAAAUCGAAACUAUAAUCGAUCGAAUUUGCGUUAGAUUUCAACUGGCUACUACAGAAAGACAGUGGCGUGAUUUUUCAUACUGUCUGUCACUUUUACAAUUUGGCCCGAAAAGUAUACAACGUCUUAUCGAAUGUUUACCUCUAUUGAAGGAGAAAAUUUACCACCCACAAGUUUUAAAAGCUUUGCAGAAUGUUGUGGAACAGUGCAAAAAGAAACCGAAUACAAAAGUAGCUUGUACAGAAUUGGAAGAAAAAAUAGAGGAACUUCUCAAAAAUAGAACGGACAAUAACGAUAACGAAAUUAUGCCACCGCCACAAGCACCGGUAAAAAGAAACCGUGUUAGACGUUUAAGGCGCAAAAGUAGUAGCGAUGAAAAGGAUGACGAUGCCAAUGGUGAUCCUGAUACAGUACCUCCUGUAACGAAAGGACUUAGGGCAAUCCCGUCAAGUCCAAGACAAUUACGAAGUCGGAACAAAGACAAUAAUUCGAGUGCUGCUUCAGUAUCGAGAAGUAGAAACUCCAUUUCAACUUCGUCAGGUACAUCGAAAAGAACUUCGGUACGUUUAUCGCAGUCACAAACUAGACAAUAAAAUUUGCGAUUACAUUAGUAGAAUUAAUGUAUAGUUUCUACUGUUUAAUAUAUGUCGUAUAGAGAAAAUAAAAAUAAGAGGAAAAGGCAUGUAUAUUUUCAUACGAUUUCGUAAAACUGAUGAGAAUGUCAAAUGUUUUGUAGAAUUAUCCUUUG